AAAAAAAUGUCAAAACAAGUUUGAAAACAAAAAACGGCAAGCUAUUUUUCCACAAAAAAUACAGACGCAAAGCGUAAAUAUAUGGAAAAAUAUAGCGUCCUCAAUAACGUGAAACAUUUAAAAGUAACAUUUGUGAAUUUUAUUAAUUCAAUAUAUUAUUGCAUAUAAGUACCAUGCCAAAAGUUGCAGCAAAAAGAAAUGUAGCUGGUGGUGCAACUGGAGGAGGCGCCAAAAAGGCCGCUGCAGGAGCUAAGAAAUCUAAAUUGUAUAGUAUGCCAGAAAAAAUCAAAGAAGGUACUAUUUUGAGGGAUCUCAUGAAAACUGAAUGGAAGAUAGGUCCUUCAAUUGGUACAGGAGGUUUUGGAGAAAUAUACUCGGCUUCCAAAAAAGCAGAAAAUAAAUACGACUAUGUGGUGAAAUGUGAACCUCAUGAUAAUGGACCGCUUUUUGUCGAAAUGCAUUUUUAUAUGCGAAAUGCUCGUUUCGAUGACAUAAACAAAUUCCAAAAGGAGCAUGGCCUCAAGAGCUUAGGUAUGCCCUAUAUGAUUGGCAAUGGCUCUGCGGAAAUUAAUGGUAUUAAACAUCGUUUCAUUGUAAUGCCUCGUUAUGGCAGUGAUGUGGCCAAACAUUUCUUAGCCAAUGGUCGUCGUUUACCCGAAGCCACAUGUUAUCGUUUAGCUUUGCAAAUGCUGGAUGUUUAUGAGUUCAUACAUGGUUGCGGUUAUGUACAUGCUGACCUUAAAGCAGCUAAUAUACUAUUGGGUUACGGCAAACAGCAACAACAUCAAGCGUACCUUGUGGAUUUUGGUCUGGCUUCACACUAUACAACUAAAGAUUUUAAACCCGAUCCAAAGAAAAUGCAUAAUGGCACCAUCGAGUAUACGUCACGUGAUGCUCAUCUGGGAGUGCCAACUAUGAGGGCUGAUUUGGAAAUUUUGGGUUAUAAUUUAAUCGAAUGGUUGGGUGCCGACUUGCCUUGGGUUAAAGAUAAAAUACUUACCACCCCAGUAAAGGUGCAAAAAGCUAAGGAGAAUUUCAUGUCCGAUGUAGGGACAAAUCUAAAAAAACUUUUCGCCAAGGGAGCACCCAGCGCUUUGGUUGAUUUCUUUAAGUAUGUGGCAAAAAUGGAGUAUAAUGAUACACCAGAUUAUGAAAAAUGUCGUAAAAUGUUUACGUCUGCUCUGAAAACAUUAAAAAUGCCAUUAAGUGGAGAUUUGGAGUUCAAGCUAAAAGGCGACUCUAAAAUUAGUUCUCCCUCUACUAGCAAGCCAAUUAAGGUGUCCGCUGCCAAAAAAAGAAUCAAGAAAGAGAUUUUGGAUUCAGAACAAGAAUCCGAUGAAGAUUCUGUAGAUGAAAUAAUAAAUGCCAGUGAUGAUGACGAUGAUGAUGUUGUAUAUCUCAAUAACAAAAAGCCAUUAAAAAAGGAAACCAAAAAACCCUUAAAAACCGCAGUUAAAUUAACACCCAAACAAAGAGUUCUGGCCAAUAAUUCUCUCAAGAGAAGAAGCAAAAAUGAAUCAAGCAACUCUGAAUCAUCGCCUUCACCCUCUAAACGCAGUAGACUUAAUAACACAAAAUCCCCCAUACGAACAAAACACACGCCGUUAAAACUAAAUUCACCACUCAAGACAACAUCAUUAACUUCAUCAUCGGCCACAAAAACCCGACAUACCCCCCUAAAUGCCAAAACAAAUAUACGUAUGUCGCCCGCCAUAACAAUGUCCUCAACACGUUCAGGCAAAACUGUAAUCAAUGAUCGUGUAACUCCCAAUCGUAAACCCGCUAAAACCUAUGAAUUUAAUUUUGAACUAGAUGUUAGUAUGGAUGCAAAUGUUAUAGUUAAUGUUAAACGUAAAAAGAAACCUUUACAACCCUCUCAGGAAAUUCAGGAUAACUCAUCAUCUAGCCGAAAUACACCCUCGGGAAAACACACUACUUCGAAUUUAUCAAAUUCCACUCCUGUUACUAGAGUUAAAGUACGUAAAGUUGGCAGCGGUGAUGAUGGCUCUGAUAGUCCCCGUACGCCGGCAGUGACUGUAAAAAAAUCUCGUAGAAUUCAAAAUACACCUUCUUAGAAAGUAUACUAAACAUUCAGUAAUUAUUUAUUCAACUAUAAAAGAAUUUUUUGGUCUAUGAUUUUUUAUUAUUUUAAUUAUUUUUUUUCUUAAUUACAUAUGUAUAUCCAAACUUUAUAACACAAUUUUUCAGAAUGCAUUUAUUGAAGUAUAAAUCGAUUAAUUAAAUAGUAAAAAAAUCGAUAGUCCGAAAUUCCCAUAAUCAUACGUUUCUGUGGGAAUAUUUUUUUAAUUUUUGGUAUCUCUCACCCCAUGUUUAAUUUUUUUAUUCUAAACGGGCCAAAUAUAAUUCCAAAAAAAAUGUUUCUAAAAAGUUGAAAAAAUACUUUUGGACUUUUUCCUUACUUUUGCCACAGAGUUUGUCUAUUUUGUUUUAAAUAUUUGUAGACAGGGCUUAAAUUUAUUUAAUAUUUUCGCUAUUUACAUUUUACAUUCUAAACCUUAUAACAAUUAUAAAGCUUAAUUUAAUCUAAAAAACAUUAAAACAUUCCUUAAAGCACAA